UUGCAGAGGACUGCAGCUGAGGGCUUACGGAAUGUGGAUUGAGCAUCACACUAAAAACCAUCCUGGGAAAAGGGACUGAAGGAUGUAAACUGAAAAUUUUAAAGUUCUGCUUUGUUUUCCGCAAAUUGCUGAAGAUUCAGAUAGAUAUUUGCAUGUAAGUGAUGUAGAUCAAUUUAAUCUACUAAGACAAAUCACAGCAUUGAAGACAACAUCUUUUUCCCCUAAUCCGUUUUCCCUGGCAUGCUGUUUAUGUUUCAAAAGACACCUACAGAAGACAUCGUGAUCACAGUGUUAGUUGCACCCACCGGCAUCCUUUUUGGUUUUUUUGAAGAUAUGGUCCUGGCCUUCCAGUUGAUCUUUUUCGCCUAUAUCUGGAUCACAUUGAUACCAAAUGCUUGUGCUGCUUCUAACAUCAAGAUGACACAGCAGCGGUGCUCCUCUUCAAUGAAACAAACCUGCAAACAAGAAACUAGAAUGAAGAAAGAUGACAGUACCGAAGUGUGGCCUCAGAAAUAUGAGCAACUUCUCCACAUAGAGGACAACGAUUUUGCAAUGAGACCUGGAUUUGGAGGGUCCCCAGUGCCAGUAGGUAUAGAUGUCCAUGUUGAAAGCAUUGACAGCAUUUCAGAGACUAACAUGGACUUCACAAUGACUUUUUAUCUCAGGCAUUACUGGAAAGACGAGAGGCUCUCCUUUCCUAGUGCAGUAAACAAAAGCAUGACAUUUGAUCAUAGAUUGAUCCGAAAGAUCUGGGUGCCUGAUAUCUUUUUUGUCCACUCUAAAAGAUCCUUCAUCCAUGAUACAACUAUGGAGAAUAUCAUGCUGCGUGUACACCCUGAUGGAAACGUCCUCCUGAGUCUCAGGAUAACGGUUUCUGCCAUGUGCUUUAUGGAUUUCAGCAGGUUUCCUCUUGACACUCAAAAUUGUUCUCUUGAACUGGAAAGCUAUGCCUACAAUGAGGACGACCUAAUGCUGUAUUGGAAACACGGAAACAAGUCCUUAAAUACUGAAGAUCAUAUUUCCCUUUCUCAGUUCUUCAUUGAAGAGUUCAGUGCAUCUAGUGGAUUAGCUUUCUAUAGCAGCACAGGUUGGUACAAUAGGCUGUUCAUCAACUUUGUGCUAAGGAGGCAUAUGUUCUUCUUUGUGCUGCAAACCUAUUUCCCAGCCAUAUUGAUGGUGAUGCUUUCGUGGGUUUCAUUUUGGAUUGACCGAAGAGCUGUUCCUGCAAGAGUUUCCCUGGGAAUCACCACAGUGCUGACUAUGUCCACGAUCAUCACGGCUGUGGGCGCCUCCAUGCCCCAGGUGUCCUACCUCAAGGCUGUGGAUGUGUACCUCUGGGUCAGCUCCGUCUUCGUGUUUCUGUCAGUCAUUGAGUAUGCAGCUGUGAACUUCCUCACUACAGCGGAGGAGAGGAAACAAUUCAAGAAGACAGGGAAGAUUUCUAGGAUGUACAAUAUCGAUGCAGUUCAAGCCAUGGCCUUCGAUGGUUGUUAUCAUGACACUGAAAUUGACGUGGACCAGACUUCCCUCUCUCUCAACUCAGAAGACUUCAUCAGAAGAAAAUCGAUAUGCAGCCCCAGCUCUGAUUCAUCUCAGAUAAAGAGAAGAAAAUCCCUGGGAGGACAUGUUGGUAGAAUCAUUCUGGAAAACAACCAUGUCAUUGACACCUAUUCUAGGAUUUUAUUCCCCAUUGUGUAUAUUUUAUUUAAUUUGUUUUACUGGGGUGUAUAUGUAUGAAGGGGAAUUUCAAAUGUAUACCACUUUAAAGCCAGACAAUGUUUAAAAAACAAAACUCUUGAAUAUGAGUUGGACAAUCCUAGGUACAAAUGGGAAAGAGGCAGUCGCGUCUCCUUCCCUAAAGAAAAUUUGAAAUCUGACUGAUUUAUAUCUAGGAAAUAACUUAGGUCCUAGGAAAGUUUGACUCCAUAAAUGAGAGUCACAGGCAUGUGUACUGCAAGAAAAAGUUGUCCAUUGGGAAGGGCUUUGUAACUAUUUCAUCUGAAGCCUCCUUCUUUCUUAAUGAAGUGUUCUUUAUUUAACUAGGGAAGAAAGCUGGACUGUAACAAUAAUUCAAGGAUAUUUUGUUUCUUGGAGUGCCAGUCAAGUGCCAGGUUACCUACCAGAGCUCAACCGUCCUAGGCAAGAACAUCCACAUCAAGGUGGCAUCAUCCACACUCACACAGCGAAGAAUCCUCUGAAGGAUCUCCAAUCUCCUUCUCCCAUCUCCAGUCAAGUCUUUACUCUUAGUUAAAUGUUGUUUCAGGCCAAGUGUGGUGGUUCACGCCUGUAAUCCCAGCACUUUGGGAGGCCCAGGCAGGCAGAUCACUUGA